AUGUAUUGGGUUGCGGCUGCUAGCCAGGGCAACGGCGACCUUCUCGUGGACGCAUGGACAAGCAUCACAAGGCAUGUGACCAACAUCCAUGAAGGCCACCCGGGAUUGUACACAAGGUGCUUCCAUGAUCCCCUUGAGGAACGCGAAUGGCUGGAGCCAGGCACACCUGCUCAUGCAAGGUUCCAGGAUGUUACGACGAGGAAGCAGCUGCUGAACGACCUGCGGCAGCUCUCCCCAGACACGCAGACAUAUGCGCUGGAAUCAUUUCAUAGCGUGUUGAACGGCUUUGCAGCCAAGGCGUUCGCCUUCAGUACAGGAGGCAUGCUUGCCAGGACACGUCUGGCAGCCCUGCACUUUAAUGAGAACAGUGACAGGGAGCAGGCCACAACCCAAGCAGGGGACUUGCAGUGGAAAUUCAGGUCUCCCAAGGCCAGGAAAGGGCACCAUGACGUCAAUCCCAGGCUGACACCAACCACAUAUGAGUAUGUCACAAAAUUUCUGGUCAAGUCUGUGACACUCUGCGAGACGGCGCCGCCCCUGAGAGAAGCUUUCCAGCUCGAUGCGGCCACACCACGACAACCCUGCAUGAGCCAUGGCUUCGUCAGGCCAGCAAAGGAAGACCUGGUUGCAGCGAGGGUUAGCCGUUUCGGAAAACGAGCACCAACCAUUGCUCAGGAACAGUGGGGAGGUUGA